AUGGAUAUUGAUGUACACUUGCUGAACCAGGCCACCGGCAAGGGUGUGCCGGACCAUGUCCUGCGAAUCAAGAUCGGCUCCGUUUGCCUCAUUAUGAGAAAUUUGAAUAUCGACAACGUACUUGUGAACGGUACCAAGAUCCUCCUGUUGGCGGAGGCCAAGAAGAUGGACGGGGUUGUUCGAAUCCUUGGGUACAACUUUAUCAAUCAAAACCUGGACGCCUCGGGGUAUCUCGUAAUGGAAUUGGUGAAGCCAUUGUACGUCGUGACGUCCAACUGCCAACUGCUGAGGACCAUGGUGGUGGGGCAGGCGAGGGCGCUGGACCAGGUCCACGCCCUGGGCUAUCUGCACAAUGACCCCAAGCCGGACAACUUCCUCUUCUUCGCCGAAGGCCAAAAACGGAAGUUGUGCGAUUUCGGAUUGGCCUACCCCAUCACCCGCCUCGGCAGCGCAGCGCCUAACCGGAGGUGCGCUUUCACCCCGGGGUAUAUUGCACCAGAGGCUGCCAACGGUGCCUUGACGUACGGGUAA